AUGAGAGGCAGGCCGCCACUCCAGAAGAGGAACUGGUCAUCUCUCCAGAAGCAAAAACUGGGCAGAACUUUCAAAGCCCUGGAGAACAUUGUCGGCCACAGAAUUUCUCAUGGAUGGAAAGAAGGCAAUGAUCUAGUCACUCCGUGGAAUGCCAUUGUUCUAGAUCAACUGCCGACAAAUCUUUCUAUUUGCUGGGAUGGGAUUGAUUGUGUCUACGAAUUGGAGCUUCCCAGAGAUUAAUGGAUUUUAAACCUUAAGAUCCUGCCUAAUAAAGUGUCAUUUCCUCAGGUGACAGACACCCACCUCGCAAACACCAUAGCUGGCAGAGCAGUGAAAUAUAAAUUCGAGGGCAAAAAUGGCUCUAAGGUUAAGUGGAAGGGGAUGGUCCUAGAGGAGGUGCUUAUCGUAAAGCCCUGGUUCUACAUUUCCCACAAGAAAGAUCUGGUCUUGUACAUUUACCACCUCCUGGAUGGCUACAUUGAAGGCAACCUCCACAUCAUGCCAGAGUGUCCUCCAGUAGAGGUGACCUCGGAAGUAGGCAUGGAUGUCUUGACAGGCAAAUGUGUGCAGUACAACAGAGACGGAACCCAAAAGUCAGGCAAAAUCAUUUACCAAGUUCCCACCAAACCUCCCAUGUAUUUCAUCAAGUUUGAUGUCCAUACCUAUGUCAAUGAUUUGGUAAGAGCCAUUAAAGUGAAAUUCACAAAGUAUGGAGGGACAGACAUAAAAUUGUAUUGGGGGAAUGCUUUUUUUUCAGAGAUACAUAAGGUCCUCUAA